UUCAAUUGGUCUGUCACAAACCCGUUUCAUGCGAUUCUCCGUCUGUCACUCAACGCCACGGUGUCUCCUCCUCCUUGCUUGGCAUCGGACUGGUGUGUGUGCCGACCUUGUUCCCGAGACAAGCUACCCGAAUGCCAGCUGUUUGACGCGAAUACAUUUGUGGUGAAAGCCGCCGGUCCGGCACGCAUUUAUGCCGUCCUUUAUGCUGUGGUGGUAGCCAUACAUUUUACCGUCAAUAUGAGUCGGGAUUUGAUGGGGUGCUGCCUUGCUAUUGCUAGCUAGGCGGACAAAUUCCUUCAACCAGCUUGCUGUUUCAAUCACUGCGGGUUGACAGCAUUAGCUGAGGCGUUCUUACGGGAGCUAGCAAGGCAGCUUUCGUAGCCGUUGCGCGUAAUUUAGUCAAACGGUGGCUAAUGUAGGUACUUGGUAAACGGACGCAUUGCUGCGGCGCGGAUAGUGCAGUAACGGUCGUGGCUGUAAUGUUAGCACACUAGCAAGGGCUUCUACUUAUACUAGCGUCAACUAGCUAGCUAACGGUGGAGAGGGUGUACAGAUAUCAACUGUUAACGGGUUUGGAUGUCGCGACACUGCAGUUUGAAACCACUUUUGACGAUUGUGAAGAUAGAAUUGGAUCAUACUGACAGACGAAAAAUAUAGCUAACUUAGAAUUAGACCAAGUGACAGAGAGUGUUAAUAAUAUAAACCAGGUAUUAAGUAGCUUAUUUGUUGCAGUAAAUUUAACAUUAGCUGUAUUAAGGCAGAGGAGCAUCUCAGGGAGGCCCCACAGUCUCCCUACUCCCUCCCCCGCCCGAAUCUCCCGUGAUUUGCCGAGAACACCCGGGUGAAGUCGCAGUUGCUGUCGGCUGGGGGGACAACUUGACAGCGAGGCCCCUAGCUAGUCUCCCCUCCCCCAGUCCCGUCCAUCCAUCCGUCCAGCCCAACAGACCACCUCCUCGCCUGAGAUCGAGGCGAGCACCGGGGAUUCGGGAUAAGCUGAAACUGUGGUCGAGUGUUGCCGGGUCCCAUCUAAACUGGGCUGCCAAAACCAGUGGGGAUGACUCUGGAGUCCAUGAUGGCUUGCUGCCUGAGUGAAGAGGCGAAGGAGUCGAAACGAAUCAAUGCAGAAAUUGACAAACAACUCCGCCGAGACAAACGAGACUCCAGGAGAGAGCUGAAAUUGCUUCUUCUCGGUACGGGAGAAAGCGGCAAGAGCACGUUCAUCAAGCAGAUGAGGAUCAUUCAUGGAGCCGGCUACUCAGACGAAGACAAGAGAGGCUUCAUCCGGCUUGUUUACCAAAACAUCUUCACCUCCAUGCAGGCCAUGAUCCGUGCCACUGAGACCCUCAAGAUCCCCUACAAAUUUGAACAGAAUCGGUCUAAUGCCAUGCUUGUGAAGGAGGUGGACAUCGAGAAGAUCAAUGGGUUUGAUCAGCCCUACAUAGCAGCUAUCAAAAGCCUGUGGGCCGACCCGGGCAUCCAGGAGGCCUACGACCGCCGCAGAGAGUACCAGCUCUCUGACUCCACUAAAUAUUACCUUAGCGAUAUAGAUCGUGUGACUGCAGAGGGAUACGUUCCCACCCAGCAGGAUGUGCUGAGGGUCCGUGUUCCCACCACGGGUAUAAUAGAGUACCCGUUUGACCUGGAGAACGUCAUCUUCAGUUAUCUUUCCGAUCUGGAUCGUAUUGCAGAUCCCAACUAUCUUCCCACUCAGCAGGAUGUGCUCAGGGUGCGCAUCCCCACUACAGGAAUCAUAGAGUACCCAUUCGACUUGCAAAGCAUCAUUUUCAGGAUGGUGGAUGUGGGGGGCCAGAGAUCAGAGAGGAGGAAGUGGAUUCACUGCUUUGAAAAUGUCACCUCCAUCAUGUUUCUUGUGGCGCUGAGUGAGUACGACCAGGUCCUGGUGGAGUCAGACAACGAGAAUCGUAUGGAGGAGAGUAAAGCCCUGUUCAGAACGAUCAUUACCUACCCCUGGUUUCAAAACUCCUCUGUCAUCCUCUUCCUGAACAAGAAGGACCUGCUAGAGGAGAAGAUUGCCUACUCACACCUGGUGGACUAUUUCCCUGAGUUUGACGGGCCCCAGAGAGAUGCACAGGCAGCGCGGGAGUUCAUCCUCAAAAUGUUUGUGGACUUAAACCCAGACAGCGACAAGAUCAUCUACUCUCACUUCACUUGUGCCACGGACACUGAGAACAUCCGCUUUGUGUUUGCAGCUGUCAAAGACACCAUCCUACAGCUCAAUCUCAAAGAAUACAAUCUGGUGUGAGGGCUUACGUACGGCGCACAUCUCCUCCCCCUUGCACAAAUGCACACUUUUUUGGGAGUGUGCCCUCCACAUGCAUUACACAGCACACCAUGCUGGAUCACACACACACACACACACACACACACAUACACACACAUACACAUAAACAGACCUACACACAACACAAACACAGACCUACACACACACAGACCCACACACACACACACACACACACACACAAACACACCAAAAGAACCUUUUAUGUUUUUUUCCCCCCAGUACAGUGCAUUCACUGGUCCUCCCUCCUGCAAACGCCAUUCCUCCUAUUUUCACCAAAGCUCUCUUCUUCGUUCGCUCGGCAGCUUGUUGUGUCAAUGUCCUCGCUCCUCCCAAAGCUGCUCCACGUGUCAGAUUUGGCCCCGGCUGCUGGCUCUGGCACACAAACCUUUCACACAGGCUGUAUAGUGACCGAAGGGGACUUUGGUGUUUGUGUUUGUGUGUGUGUGUGUGUGUGUGUGCGCGCGUGCGUGUGUGUAUGUAUUUGGGGCAGCAUUGACUAGCGAGGUGUUGCAGUGAAUAGCGGCAUCAAACCCCUUCAGGCCCUCCAGAGGCGACCUUCAGUGGUGUGAGAUCAAAUCCUCCACCAUGUUCUCUCUGAGCUCCUGUCAGUGUGGAUGGAAAUGAAUACUUUAUCUGCUGAAAUCCACCAAGGACCCAACAAGCAGCAUCAUUCUUGGGACAGAGUGAUUUGGACAGGAAGGGAGGUUGCUCACCGAACACAAAGGGAUGAAGCCGAGGAUUUUGUCUCCACCUCGCAUCUAUGAAUGUACCCACCAGUGUGAGCAUUGCAAUCGCAAAAAACAAACAAAAAAACCCAAAAAAACAAAUAUAUAUAUUAUGAAGUAAAUGCAUAUGUAAACACACUUAAGGCAAAAAGCACGAGAGGGCAAGACAUAGCUAAUCAAAAUCUGUUUAUUGCUGAGAUUUUUUAAAUGUUUUUAAUGAUAGAAAUUUGUUGCUACGUCUACUUCUAUUUAACAAAUAAUGGCUAAAAGGAAUGGUGAUAAGAAGUGGUAAGAAAAUCUAUAAAAACUUUUAAACUUUACAAAACCAACAUCUAAAAAGAAGCAACCAGAAAUUUACUUGACAUAAGUAUCCUUUAAAGAUUUCUGUGGGAUUUGCGUUAUACGUUUAAGUUAAUCACAUCGCUUCCCUCCACUAGAUGUUUUCUAUAUGGACUCACAGGGACAAUUUUUCCAUGUGACCAUCGCAACAUCUGGCUCAACUGAUUAUUACAAAACACUAGCAGCGGGUGAGAGGACCCUGCUUUCCACACAGGCUAUUCUCUUAAUGGUGGAAGCGGAUGUGGAGGGGAGUGUGGUGUCAUCAGUGUUUGUUAGCGCAUGGAGCGCAGUCACAGUUCGGCCUGCAAGUAGCUUAUUCAACAAAAUGAAAGCUGUAAAUGAAGCACGGCCACACCCUGGGUUUGAAUGAAAUCCAUGUUGUAACGCCUCUGAUGACAUCACACCUGCAUCACUCAGCCGUCCAGUCAGACCCACCUCCUGAUAGUGACAUCAGUCAUCAUAUCAGGAUGUGUUUCUGUUUACCUUUUUGUUUUGUUUUUUUUGUUUUUUUUACUGUAUAGUCACUUUGUUUAUAUAAAGAUUGAUUGCUGUUGAGUGGUGAGAGGAACGGGGUGGGGGGGCUGUGAACCUUUCAUAGAAAACACACUCUGAAAUCUGCAAAUGUUGUUUGUGUAUAUUUGUUUGUAAAUACAUAUACACAAAGCACUCCUGUACAAAAAUGCUCUGUGGUACACCAUCUUUGGCAAAAACCCCCUGAAAAAAACAAGUGGGAAAAAAAAAAAACAAAAAAAGUAUCAACUUCUUUCAUUAGCAUACAGUUAUUUUCCUAUGAAUUUAUGGUAGUAGUGAUACUGUGAUUAUGGAUUUUAUUCACUUGAUUAAUAGGACUACACAGAGCUGAGUGGUGGUGAGGAAAUGAUUGGCAAGGAGCAAUAGACAGAAAAGAGGUUCCUCCCAACCAGCCUCUCGACUCCACACUACUGCAGCAGCUCUGGCUCCAGAGUAUACUAACUAGGGCUGGUAAAAAUCUUCACAGUAUGGUGACAAAAUGACUUUAAGAGUAAUUAAAGAUUUUUUUUUUAUUUAUCUAAUUUAUGGACCAGGUUUGAAGGUGUUGAUAAUUUGACUGCUUUUGAUUCUGUCACGUUGAAGUGCUCCUUUUCUCAUGCCGGAGCCUACUUGAGUCUGAACUGCUGUAAAAAAAGAAUGUCUGGUGUAGUAAGGACUUUAUCUCUGCUUUCUAUUUCUUAUUGAGACAAUUCCAGUUGUAUUUGGCAUCACAUCUUCAUCCAUGAUGAUACUGUUUGGUUUUGUUUAGGAGCCCUCACAUUUGUUUUGUUUAUUUUUUUUAAACAAGAAACUUGUAUUUCUUCUUGGUUUAUAGACGCAGCGCUGUAAUGCAUACCUAGAAAACUGUACAGUAUGAACGUAGGUGGACUUUUUUUAUCAGUGAUUGAAGACCCAUGUGGUCCAUGCUUGCUAUUUGUAAUUUAACACGAAAAUUCUGUUGUCGGUUUUUGCAUUGUUAAUUUCCAGUUUUUUGAGGCUUGCUUUGAUAGUGCCAGUGAAGUGCAGAUAUACUUUUUGGUCUUUGACCUUUUCUACAGGUGACUUAUUCUUCAUCCUCAUUAAGGGCUAUCACAGUGCAUCAGGCGCCAGACAGCGGGGAGUGGAGUACAGGACCACAGUGAACCAAGUCAUCCACCACUAAUCCUUGUUUUUAAAUGGAGAUUUCUUGCAGUAUGUACUAUAAGAAGUAUAGGCAGAACGUUAACACAAGCGUAAGGUGUGUGCAGAGAGUUUACCAACAAUAAGCAGUUUUCUUUAUGUAUUAUAUAUAUAUAUAUAUGGCCCUUUGGAUGAUUGAAGUGGACCCUGACUCUGAUUUCCACUACUACUUGUUUGUUUGCAGUGGUAUCACAGUGUUACCUGUAAUACCUUAUGCAGUAUAGAAACACUUAUCACUAAAGACACUAAUACCAAGACAAGUAUUGCAUUGUUGUUUCCCCAAGUAUUUGAUUUGAAGCUGAUAGCCAAGUAAUGACCAUGUUUGUGACUUUGUGUGUUUUGUCCCAUUAACUACAACACUCGUACUUCAUUGUUUCCCAUUUCUGCAUUAGAAAUUGAUUUCCUACUUUACAUGCAGCCAUUGGUUUAGAUUCAUGCCAGUAAAGUUUGAACUUGCAGUGAGUUUAAACUUGAUUCUCAGAGACAAUGUAUACCACAGUACGCAUUUAUAUAUAUAUAUUUUUUUGUUAAGCUUUCACUAUUGUGUGUAUAAUCAUACAGUACAAUGGUACAUUCAUUUGUUAUUGAAAAGCAACUCUGAUGUCAGAGAUCUAAUAAUCAAAGACAAACAUAAAUGAAGUGUCAAAGACUGUGUUAAUUUGGUACUUAGGUACCAGUUCACCAGUCCAAAAUGUUCAAUCCAGUUCUAAUACCUCAGCUCAGAGUAUUGAUCCAGUGCUGAUUCUCUCCGUAUUCCAAAAAAUUUAAAUUCUGUAUAGCAUAGCAAUGAAAACUGUCAGUGGUACUUUAUAAGUGAAGGAAUGCAACUGAGAGGGGAAACAAGACCCUGACAAAGAAACCAGUUAAAAUGGUACUGGAUCGAUUGUGUCUAGCCAGUAACUCAUCGCUAAAUGAGAUCAAUAUUGACGCUGAUAAAUGAAAGCAUAUCUGAUUGGUACAACUGAGCAUCCACCAACCAGUCUGCGUUCUCAGUUGCAUCGACUAAAAUGUUGGUUUCUCAGAUGAACAGAAGCCAAGGACUGCUGAAAAGAUGGGGAAUUGAUCUGAAAACUUAAAGGCAUGCAGUGCAGGAUUUGUCAGUUGCUGUUUAUCAACACACCAUUUAAAGGUGCAGUAUGCGAGAAACAUGGUUGAUUGUUCAGUCUCAUCACGAGGUCGUCAGUAUUUGACAAGCCGGCAAGGAUACUCAACAGUCUACUGUUACUUUUCUCCAGAAUUGUUGAUGGCAGAAACGUCUUGAACACAGCAAACACCCCCACCCCCCCCAGAGGGAUUAUUUUUGUGUGAGUCUAUAUAUUGUUGUUUGAGAAAAUCCUGCAUAGCAUACCUUUAAGCUUUUGCUUCAGAACUGGUAAGCAGUGAUGUAAAGUUGAAACACUAAAUUAAUGGGGCUAAAAUAUGUUUUUUCUAAAUAACAGUGUGGUCAUUUAACUGCCAUUUUGUCUGCUAAAAAUGACACUAACCUUUGAGUGGAAGAAGCAGAUAGCCAACUAUUAAGACUGCUGUAUUAAAAGGGGUCUGGAUGCCAGUAUUUAAGUAGAACGACAUACCGGUAUGGAUACCCAAGUAUUUUAUCAAUAGCUGUUAAGAUUUAUUGUGUGUUGAGUGCAGCUCACUUCCAUGUUGUAUUAUUUGACUUGAAACUACAACUCUGGCACAUGGCGAAGGGCUGACUGGCUGUUAGUGUGGGUUUGGUAGUGUGUUAGCAGCCCAGUGUUGCACAGUGUGUGGUUUUUGUUUUUUUCCUUUUGGACACACUUAAUCUCAACGUAUAUAUAUAUAUACAUAUAUAUAUAAGUUGGAAAGAGGCAGACUACAUGAAACUUCUUAAAUCUCCUUCUCAUUCUUUCAUUCUUGAUUGUUUUUAGCAUUGACCAGUGGAAAGGCUGGAUUGGUUUUUCACUACGACACUUAUUUAUUGCCUUUCAUUGACUUGAAUAAUGAGAGAUGGUAUUGCUGGCCCCUUUUUGGUUUACAGAGCCUGCUCUUGUGACCUUUUUGGGUGUGAUGUCCCUUGCUGUGGGCUUGUUGUUGGUCAGUGAAAUCAAACUUAUCUUUCUGACAUCAGUGUGGAGUCAGCGCAUACUCAAACCUUAAAUCUUGUUCCCUUUUUAAUUAUUAUUUUAUUUUAUUUUUUUUACAUUUUUAUUUAAGUGUAUGUUAAGCAAACUACCAGACACUAUUAUUUAGGACCACUUGAGUUCUUUUUCCUAACUUCAUUGAAACCUGAAGGUCAAUUGUGUAGUGGUGUAUAAAAUGCUGUUUUUUUUUGUUUGUUUGUUUUUUAUUUUGUAUGUAAACCAAAUGUAAAUUAUGUAUUAUAUUGAGUGUGCCAACCCCACUCUCUCUUGAGCCAGGCUCUCUUUAAGUGCCAACGCUGUGGUCAUCAACAAAGGACCACUACCUGAGAUGGUCCCCAUUUUUAAAUAAAACACACCAGAGUCUAAAAGGGUAGAUGAUUAAGUACACACAAAGACUUUAUUCUGUAUUUAAGAUUGAAGAUUUAAAAGAUAAUCUGCUGUUUUUUUUUUUAAGAAAUUGUAAUUAUAAUUGCAUGUGCUGUUUAUUUUGUUGGAAGUGAGGGCUUUGAUGUUUUCAUUGAAGCAGAGCCCUUGAUGAAGGGGGGAGGGGUUCAAUGAGUUGGUUAUUAUCGAUUAUUGAUUUACAUAACUCUUGCCAUAUUUUUUAUGUGUUUCAUGUAUUUGUUUCAACCACUGUUGCCUGAUCCUCAUUCAAACAUGAACAUGACUUAUGAUCAUUGCCGCCUUCUAAGAGAGAAACAUAAUGACAAGGUAUCUGUUUUAAAUUGAAAUAAAUUUGUUCCUAUACUUGC